AUGUUUGCAGGAGUUUCCAGUAUCAAGGGAGACUGGGCAUUUGAACCCUUGGAUUCCAUGGAGGACUCAUCCUCCGGCAGCAGCUGCCCUGACAUAGAGCACUGCAUUUCAGAACCCAAAUUUAACCAGAGCCUCUCUGUAGGCUCUUUCCCCUUUGAAGACAGCACUGACUGUGAAGACUUGACCUCUGAGGGUCUUUCUGGCCUCUUCCUCCCUCCUGUCCAAGGGGCAUGGGGAACCAAGAGUCCAGAGAAGCUUCGUGAAACAGCCAUCACUGAGAUCUUGUACGCCUAUCUGAGCUGCCAUGAAGAUUCACUAGCUGACUGGUCUCAAAGUGACGACUACCAGAGGAUGGACAAGUGCCAACAGGAGACGGUCACCCAGGCCUUCUGCGAAUUCCAUGAUCUCAUGAAAAAUAUUAAGGCAUUUCUAGACAAUACAAAUGAUGACGAAGAAGAUGACUCGGUGCUUUCUGACCCUCCUCAUGAGGAGGAUGUUCAGCCACCCAGAAGUGUCUCUUCCCAUAUGGAUCAGGUCGUUCCUGAAGAACAUGAGGCUUGUCAGGACUUGCCCAAGUGGAAACCACCAGAAAAUGGAGAUACCACACAGUUCCCAGAAAUGCCUCUUGGGCUUGAGGAUGAUGAAAUUGUUGAGAUGGAAAGCCAGGAGACUGGCACUGCAGAAAGUGCCUCAGUCUCAGCAGAGCAGUCAGAGGAAGAGGACGUGCCUUCAGACGCAGAAAGCACUUCCUGUCUGAAUUUUAGAGGCUUCUUCCACUGGCUCAGGAAGCAAGUGGUCUCCUACCUGCCAGGGAGAAAGCGCCAUGAGAGGGCCAACAAG